AAACUGAGUAAACAGGAAACUAAAGUGAAAUUCUUCAUACAUUUAAGAAAAAAAAAUAAUGUUUAACGAGGAGUUUUAAAUUUUCAAGUGAAUCUUAUUAUAAUAAAAAAAAUACAAAAUAUAAGAUAAAAAACCUCAAUAGUAAUUAGAUUGUGCGGUGGUAGUCACAUCUCUGAUUGAAAAUUCAUUUUAUCGACAUUUUACAAAUUAUAAAUAAAUAAAAAUAAAUUUCAUUCAUCUACAACUUUAACUGAGUAUGUCGAUGUAAAAGCAAACUGGUGCAUCUAGAUAAAAAAAGAACCCAAUACGAAGGAGAAAAUUAUAACGUACAACGUACUAUAAACUCAUCUUAUGCAUGGCUUGGUGUGUUACAGGAUAUCGUGUGUCUGUAACAUUUGCUGAACAAAAAUCUAUAGUGCCAUGCAAGUGGAUUUAAGAAAACAUACAGCGGAAACACAUUUUUGGAUUAACAUUAUCUGGUGUGCCUUGGGAGCCAUAAUAUUAGUUGGCAUUGCAGUCAUAUCGUAUUGGAUUAGAAGAUGCAGGAUAUUACAAGUGAGAUACCUCCACUGCAGCCAGUCUGCACUGAGGAAGUUAUUAUCAGCUGUCGUCAGCAACAGCAGCAGCAUAAUCAUCAACCAGCAGCAAUACAUCAGCAGCAACAACAAAAUCAACAUUCUCAACAACAGCCGCAACAGCAACAACAACAUCUUUAUCAAAAACGUUCACAAUCUACAGCAACAACAAAAUCUUCUGCAAUUAGCACAACAAAUACCGCAACAUCGGCUUUAUCCCAACAAAAACAAUCAAAUAAUCAUCAAAACCAUCAGCAGCACCAGUUCCAAUCACAACCAAACAAACAACAGCAACUGCAGCAACAAAAUAAUCAAAAAAUUAUCACUCGAUCACAAUCAUCAAAAGUUAUACAAGACUUUCAGCAUCAUCACGCUUUCCAUCAACUAAAACAACAACAAUCAUUGCCCACACCAUUACAUGGCAAUGUUGGUGCUUCCCCCAAUGUCCACAAUCAUUCAAAAUCCGUUUCGAUUUUGGUGUAUAAAACAUUGAACACGGUCUUCAAGAGCAGCCGCAAAAUCAUUGUACGCGUUUGUGAGGUGGCCAGUGUUAAGAAGAAUUUCAACAUGUUUAAAUUCAAUAAAGCAUCACAGCAGACGAGGGCCGAUGCCAGGGCCAAUGCGUGUACGGGACACGAUCAGUUUGUACGACCGCCGGUGUCGGAAAAAAAAGCCAAACAUUUAAUGAAAAAAUUGCAAAAACAAAAUGGAUUGAAACGUUCCAAUUCAGCGAUAGAAUUUGAUGUAUCAGCAUUAACAGCAGCAAAUCGAAGACAUAUCUACAGUAGCAAUCGUUCGGCAAGCUCAGAACAAGAUAAUUCAGAUCAAUCUGAACAUUCGGAGAAAUCACCAUUGGUUAGCGCCAGGUUAGACAGUUUGGCUAGGAUAUUUUUUAGCAAAUCGAUGUCAGCGGAAAGCGGAAGUAGAGAUACCCUAGAUUCAGUGCUAACAACAAGACCCAAUAUCAAAUAUCAAUAUUCCGCUUUAGAUAGUGGCAAUGGCAUUGUGGAGCGUUCACCGCGUGAAAGAGCCGCCCGUGAAAAGGCUCUCAAUGCCACCCAAGAGUGGAUACAACAAUCAAAUGGUAGAUAUGAAGUAAUUGCUCAUUUAGAUGAAAUCGGCUCGAGACAUGGUAAAAAUUGGUUUCUAGUAACCGAUGCCUCGGUUCGCACCGAUCGUUUAAUGACUUUAUUAACCCUGCCUCCUGACUGUGUCGCAUUUGAAGAUCUAUCGCCUAACGAAAGUCCUCGCAAUAUAUUAAUGGAACUUUUGGGUUCUCUACAUCAUCCUUAUAUUUAUCCCGUUUUGGAUUUGGGUUUUCUGCACACCAAUUCGGGUAAUUAUGCCUGCUUGGUGACACCAUUCAAUUCAAGGGGUAGUCUUAAGGAUUUAAUAUAUAAGGCCCAAUGGAAUGAACCUUGGUCACGUAAAUACACACGUAAACCAAAUGGUUUGCCAGUCACGCAAGUACAACGUUUGGGCAGACAAAUCUUGGAGGCAUUGCUCUUUCUCAAAGAACGAGGCUUCCCAUUGCAUGGUCAUUUGCAUAGUGGAAAUGUGAUUUUACAAAACGGUGCUGCCAGAUUAUCUGGUCUCGAAAAUGGUCUACUGGGACUAUCGUCACGCAUUAAUGCAGUAAUGUGGUCACGUUCUACUACAGACAUCGAAAAUGUUGAUAUCAUUUGUUUUGGCCAUCUGCUGUAUGAAAUGUGCAUGGGCCAAGAGAUGACAACACCCAAACCGUCCAUGAGAGUGUUAGAAAUGGAAAUGGAACAAUUUCCACAGAUUUUAGAUGUAUUGAGUUUAAUAUUUGAACCACCUAAUGGCGCAUGUCCUUCUGUGGAGGAACUGGUAUUAUGUGAUUUAUUUAGAUCAAUUGAUUUACGAGAACUGAGGGGACCUUGUUUUAAUACCAUUAAGCCCAGUCUCAGUAGAUCAACCUUAAAUUUACUACAAGCCGUUAAAAAACGCCAAUGUGCUUCAUUGGGCAAUUCGUUCAGUGAGACCAGUUCCCCAUGUACACCACCCUCAACACCAAGAGAUAGAAGAUCAGGCUUUAGUCGAACAAUGGAAUCAUUUGAUUGUAUUUCAAGUGAUUCGGAAGAAGGGCUACUUGAUGAAAUCAUAGUGGGUUGUAAUUUUCAAGCAAAACAAUUGCAACGUAUGAAACAUCAUUAUCAGCAGCAACAACUGCAUCAACAACAUCAUUACCAUCAACAUGAGCACACUCAUAAUGGUUCACAACAUGCCUUGGCCAUAGGUUAUUAUCAUAGUCAACCGUAUUUGUGUCAAAAGUCACAGUAUGAUCCCAUGGAAUCACCCAUUCACUACUGUGACAAUACCACCCAACUUGAGGACAAUUCUACACAAGAAUUGUUUAAUUCCCAAAGGCCGGAAAAGGAGAUGCAACAACAGCCACAACAGCAGCAGCAACAACAGCAGCAAACACCCUCUCAGCCCAUGAUACGUUGCAGUUCUACAUGUGAUAGUGAUUUAAACUUAAAAGGUGCCAUUACAGCAAAUAGAGGCAGCAUUUGUUCAUCGGAAAGUGCCACAAGUGUUACAGCCACUACCAUAGUUUCGCAUGAAGAUACAGAUCAAUCUUCCAUAACCACCCAACUGGAGGUGUCUGAUUAUGAAACCGUUAAUUUAAAAGAGAAUUUAGGCAACUUAACAGUCAAUCACAAUCAGUCAGCUACUUCUCAUGCCUCUUCAUCUUCGUCAUCUUCCUCGUCCUCAUCUUCUUCAUCCACAGCUGGCAGCUCUUUUAAUCACCAACUGACUGCGGAUAUGUGCAACUUUAAGAAUUCUAAAAGCCGACGUUUAGAAUAUUCCUUGAAAUGUUUAAAAUAUGGUCGUAGUAAUCCUUCCCAAGAUUCUGCCUUUGGCUCUCUAACUGAUAAUGAUCUAUCCACGUCCAGCUUUCGUUUAAGCAGUUUUCAAUCCAUCUCUUCACCCAUUGAUGAGGGUGUAGAGGAUGUUAUCAUAGCCACUACUACAGCGGGUCAUGAAACCUGUUUGGAAUUAGCCACCAUACCGCGCAGCAUGGUAUCUCAAGAUUCGGCCAUUUCCUCGCCUUGUCGGGAGACAUCUCCCAGUAAUUUUCUCAAUAUAGAUGAAGGAACUUGUUCAGGAGCCUCCAGCUCUUCAGGCUCAACUGGUAAUCUUAGACCUCAACAUUUUCCUGUUUCCUUGUCACCCAAAAUCUUAGUUACCGCCACUACCAAUUCCAGCAACUCUAGUUUGGCUUCAAGUUCCGGUAGUCAGGCUCAAACUCAACAGCAAAAUCAAACUCAACAAUUUGAUCCACCCAAAAUAUUGGUAAAUGAUCAGAAUUCCAUAUAUACCACCUCGCCCUCGAAGAGAUCGGGCACCAUUGAGGUAUUUUCCCAGAAAUACAGAGUAAGUUCUUUUGAGGACAUGUCACCUUUAAAGAGAGGCUCCAAUACCGACAAACAACAUUUGAAAAAUGUUAAUCGUUUGGCAUUUCGGUCCCUAGAAGAAGAAAGACGCAUAGAUAAUGCCUUCAUGCCCAUAACAGAUCGCGUACAUUCCGACAAUCGUGUCAAUGUUCAGAGCGAAAAAUACAAGAAAUUGACUCACGCCUCAUUUCGCAUUAGUAAAACUUCUAGUCAGGUUAUCAUGUACGAUACAUCACCGGGCCAAAUGAUUACCUCUUCGCCCGGUUCUUCAACUAUGCUGGCUCAGUGUGGUACUUCGUUGGAAUUGCAACGGCCAGCCACUGCUUCAGGCUCAUCCAGUUCGCGCCAGACCAUGUGGCGUGAUAGUAAGUUUUAUCGCAAAAAUCGCAUAGCCAAAUCGAAUGAUUCAUUACUCGAGACUUCUCCCAAUCAUUCAGCACGUCUAUCACCCUCCUCGUUGAGAGACAAUCACUAUGAUAGCUCUUCUUCGUAUGGUAGUCGUAGUCAUAGUAGACAAUCCUUAAAUCGUGGUGGAUCCAUACAUGAAAUUAUGGGUUCCAAUCACACAUUGGGUCCCGAAAUAACCGUCACCACUAGUUUCUGCAAUAAUCCACCCAAUGGCAAUCGACGUUAUUGCAGUUCGAAAAGUGAGGAUUUGGGCGAUUCCUCCGAUUAUCUAAGGGUAAUGGAUGCACGCAAAUCUUACUCGGAAAGACAUUUGGUGACGUUUGAAACGACCCUUAAGCAGACAGCCAUUAACAACACCAUGCCUUUGGAUGGCUCAGAUCCUUGCUAUCUAUCCGAAGACGAUACCAGUUUCAAUGAAGACAAUAAUGUUCAAGGAGGUCAUUAUCAAAAUCAAAAUAUACCUCCACCCCAAUCUAAUUCGCAAAGAUCACAGAACAGACAUCAUCAAGCGCCAACUAAAUCGAAGUGCGGUUACGGGGAAUAUUAUCAACAACAACAAUCACAGCAACAACAGCAUUCUACAGCAGCUAAUAACGUUAAAUCCGGCACAUUUACUAAGCGUUCCCACCCCAAUCAGCUAAGCUGGAGUUCAUGCUCUAUAAAUCGCUUAAAAACGACCAAUAUUAAAACCACCUCUUUGGCAACUUUAUCCUGCCAACAGAAUUUAACUAGCCCAGCUGGUACUGCUUACAAUCUCAGUCCUCAGCAUCAUCAGCACUCGUCGUCAUCUUCUUCUUCGUGUCAUUUGGAUAAACCUAACUCGACUUCUACAACUCCAUCACCAUCUUCGAAUGUCCAUAGCGUAGAUACCACCACCUCGAGAUCUCCCAAGAAAUCCUCACGUAAUCCUGUGUUCAAAACUUUACUAAACACUGCCGCCUCCAAUACCAACACCGAUACCAGUAGCGACAACGGCAGUCGCAAUGGCAGCCUAACCCAAGACAAUUCUUCACCCGAUGACUCGCCAACAAGACGCUCCAUAAGUGGUAUUGAGUUGGCGAAAAUCUUCUCCUUGGAUAGCACUACUGGUUCUGGGGGUUGUAGUGAAGAGAAAACACCGCUGCUGGACAGUGUUGAAAUGUCACCUAUAAGUCCUACCGAUCCCGAUAACGACGAUGAAGAAGACGAUGACGACGACGCCAAUGGUCUAAAACAAAGAGCCGAUCAAAUGUGAUAUAUUAAUAAAAAUUAAGACAUAAUUUGAAAGUAAACUGAGUAUGAUAAAAAUCAAUCAUGGUGAGUUUUUUUCUAAUAAAAGAAAAGUUAAUCUAAUGCUAAUGAAAAUGUUGUCGUUAGAAGAAAAAAAAGAAAAACAGAUUAAGAUUAUACUUAUUCCAUGGUAUGUAGUUGUUCAUGAUCCCGUUCAAUAUAUAGUAACAUAAAUAUUUAUAUGCUUAAACAAAAUGUAGAUUUAGGGAAAUAUGAGAAAGAGGGAGUUUUAAAAAAGGAUAUUAAGGAAAAGUAAUGUUUAAAAAGAUUAUUAUGUUAUUGGCAUAAUUAAUUAGAAGCUGCAAAGGAAUUAUGCUUCAGUUUUUUUUCGAUUAACUUUUUAGAUUCUGAUUUCUUGACCGCAUUAAAACUUUCUACCCCCGGGGGUAUAUUAUCCCACAAUUUUGACAUUUUUCUGGUCGAUAGACUUCUACUAAUAACAUUCUUAAAGUAAACGACGGAACUUGUUCAAGAGCUUCUAGCCCUUUUGGUUCAAUUGGCAAUCAUAAACCUUAAAUAUUCAUGAUUCAUUAUAUCUCAAAAUCUUAAUUGCUACUAGCUAUUCCAGCAACUCUAGUUUAGUUUUAAGUUCCAGUAGCCAGGUUUUGCAAUAAGACGGAAUGAGUUCCUUUAUGUACAUGUUGCCCUUAAACAGAUAGCCACUUCUCCGAGGUUUUCUUCAGACAAUCGACAGAAGGCUUAAUAUGUAUUAUCACGAGCCACUUUUAUUAACUUAUGUAAGCUCUACAUGGUAUUCCAAGAUUCAAGUCCAUGACUAUUAUACGACGAUGUCCCCUAGUUUACAUAACGUCCUCCUUAUCACCACGUAGAGUUACUUUAAAGGACACCACGCAACAUUUUAAGACGAAUAAUAUAAAAAAGAUAAAAUUCUGAAGAUACCAAGAGUACUUAUUGUGAUAAGGAUUAGAGAAAUAAGUUACAGCUCAUCUAGGACUGGGGAAAUAGAAAAUUUUCUAAUCGAUUUUUUAUAGUAAUGAAAAUGUUUUAUUUUGCCUUUCCGAAAGCUUAAAUGUCGAACUCUAUCCUAAUCCCAAAUGCCCACUUAUAUUUAACAUAUCUUUUUCAUAUCAAAAAAUACAAACGAAAUUUUAGUCCAUAGUCUAGCCUAUAGUGUAGUCUUUAGUCCAGUCUAUAGUCUAGUCUAUAGUCCAGUCUAUAGUCUAGUCUAUAGUCCAGUCUAUAGUCUAGUCUAUAGUCUAAUCUAUAGUCUAAUCUAUAGUCUAUAGCCUUGUCUAUAAUCUAGUCUAGUCUACACUAUAGCCUAGUUUAUAGAUUAGUUUAUAGUCUAUAGUUUUGUCUAUAGUCCUGUCUAUAAUCUUGUCUAUAGUCCAGUCUAUAGUCUUGUCUAUAGUCUAGUCUAUAGUCUUGUGUAUAGAAGAAUACUUGCCUGAUCUCUACACUCCUCCAUACAUAUAUGUAUAACUAUCAAACAGGCAUGGAAAAUUCAGUACUUUAGUACCUUUUUCAAUACUUUUUGGUAUCGGAAAAUACCCACGAAAUUUUCGGUACUUUUUCUAACUUAUAAACUUUUGAUAAAUAAUCCACAUAGUAGUCAAACAGACCAAUAAUCUAGUCUAUAGUCUAGUCUAUAGUCCAGUCGAUAGUCCAGUCUAUAGUCUAAUCUAUAGUUUAGUAUAUAGUCUAAUCAUAGUCUAGUUUAUAGUCUAUAGUCUGAUUUAUAGUCUAAUAUAUAGUCUUGUCUAUAGUAUUGUCUAUAGUCUAGUCUAUAGUCUAGUUUAUAGUCUAUAAACUAGUCGAAGAUCCCUUGAUAUUGUCGGAAAUACAUUUAUUAUGAAUCUCUUUAAAUGAUGUAAACCAGAGAUCAAAGAUGCGCUGAAUCUGGGAUUAGAUUUUCUACACCCCAUUAUAUUUUCGAGAUAUCGUGUCCUAAACUUUUAAAACCCCUGUUUUAAGCAAUAUUUAAAAGUCUCUUUACUGAGUUUAAAACUCUCUUUACUGAGUCAAUAUUGAUUUUUUUUAGCUUUAUUGUAGUUUCACACUUUAGGUUAAGAAAUCUCGAAGUGGGAAGAAGAUAUAGCACAGAUUAAACCUUUAUUUUAAAGACGACUGAUUGGACUUUCAGAUGAUAUAAAAAAAUUUACAAAUAAAGUUGUCACCUCACUAUGAGAACACCUCAAAUAUGUAAAAAAACGGGAAAUUUUCAAACUUUAAGAUUAUAUAUAUCGGAAAUAUGAUGAGAUAGAGAACAUCGAAUGCCAGAUUCGUAUUCAAAGCAGCUCUAUUCUUUAGAAAAGUAUACGUUGGUCUCUGGGUUUUGACUUCUUCAAAUAUUAUUGGUCUGUUUUUCGAACACUGGCAUAGCUUUGCAAACCCUGCUUUUGGCCGUUUCUACACUACAAACUUAAGUUACACUUGAAGAAAUAUUAUUGACAACUUUUGACUUAAACACUUAAAAUCCUUUUUUAAAACUCUCUUUUCAAAAGGCAUUUUGAAAAUCUUAUGUAUUUGAAAAAUAAAUUUAAAAAAAACUCUAUUAUUAAGUAAAAAGCUUUCUGCAAAAACAAUAAUUUCUCUAUUAACAAAAUAAACCAAGAAAACUCUAUACAAUUAUUGAAUUUUACCUUUACAAUUAUUUAACAUAUUGUAUUAAAUAUUAUAAAAAAAACUAAAAAAAAUUAUUAAAUAAAAAGGUCCAUUUAAAAAAAUUCAAUUUUUUUAUUAGACUGUUAAGGAUUUUAUUCUCUAAAUAAAAAUAAAUUUAAAUAAAAACCAAAAAAUAUAUAUUAUUAAAUAAUAAUUAUAUACUAUAUGGCGCACUUCGAAAUCACACACCUCCAUCCUUAUGAUUAAAUUUUAAGGAUUUAAAACAAAAUUAUAUUUAAAUAUUUAACAAAAGGAAAAAAAGGAAAAAACGUAAAUUAAAAUGUUUUAAAUUGAAUAAAAUAAUAAAAAUAAGACUUUAGC